AUGUUGCUUGGCACACAGUUGUUCCUAAGUAACGAGGGCCUGGUAAACUUCCAAGGCCAUCCGCUCCUCACCCCCACUCCGGCCCCCUCUCGGAAAAUACCUGUCCCGUGCCCAGGGUCAGGAACUGCUCACACCUGUGCCCCAAAGAUGAGGGCCCAGGAGGACCCUGAGGGCCAGACACAGCAUGAGUCCCUGGGCUCAGCAGGGACCUCCACGAAGGACCCCCCGACGGCCCUGUGCACAGAGCCCAAGUCUGACAUGUUGUACAAGAUCGAGGAUGUGCCGCCCUGGUACCUGUGCAUCCUGCUGGGCUUCCAGCAUUACCUGACCUGCUUCAGUGGCACCAUCGCUGUGCCCUUCCUCCUGGCUGAGGCGCUGUGUGUGGGCCGUGACCAGUACAUGGUCAGCCAGCUCAUUGGUACCAUCUUCACCUGUGUGGGCAUCACCACCCUCAUCCAGACCACACUGGGCAUCCGGCUGCCGCUGUUCCAGGCCAGCGCCUUUGCAUUUCUGGUCCCAGCCAAAGCCAUCCUGGCCCUGGAGAGAUGGAAAUGCCCUCCAGAAGAGGAGAUCUAUGGUAACUGGAGUCUGCCCCUGAAUACCUCUCAUAUUUGGCACCCACGGAUACGAGAGGUCCAGGGUGCAAUCAUGGUGUCCAGUAUGGUGGAGGUGGUGAUUGGGCUGAUGGGGCUGCCUGGGGCCCUGCUUAGUUACAUCGGGCCUCUUACAGUCACCCCCACUGUCUCCCUCAUUGGUCUCUCUGUCUUCCAAGCUGCUGGUGACCGAGCUGGCUCCCACUGGGGUAUCUCGGCUUGCUCCAUUCUUCUGAUUGUCCUCUUCUCCCAGUACCUGCGAAAUCUCACCUUCUUGCUGCCCGUCUACUGCUGGGGAAAGGGCCUCACUCUCUUCCGCAUCCAGAUCUUCAAGAUGUUUCCCAUCGUGCUAGCCAUCAUGACCGUGUGGCUGCUCUGCUAUAUACUGACCCUGACGGACGUGCUGCCCUCAGAUCCCACAGCCUAUGGCUUCCAGGCACGAACAGAUGCCCGAGGGGACAUCGUGGCUAUUGCUCCCUGGAUCCGCAUCCCCUACCCCUGUCAGUGGGGGCUUCCCACAGUGACUGCGGCUGCUGUGCUGGGAAUGUUUAGUGCCACAUUAGCAGGCAUCAUUGAGUCCAUCGGAGAUUACUAUGCUUGUGCCCGCCUGGCUGGCGCACCACCCCCUCCAGUGCACGCUAUCAACAGGGGUAUCUUCACCGAAGGCAUCUGCUGCGUUAUCGCAGGGCUGCUGGGCACGGGCAACGGGUCCACCUCGUCCAGCCCCAACAUUGGUGUCCUGGGGAUUACCAAGGUGGGUAGCCGGCGCGUGGUGCAGUAUGGUGCGGGUAUCAUGCUGGUCCUGGGCACCAUUGGCAAAUUCACGGCCCUCUUCGCCUCUCUCCCUGACCCCAUCCUAGGGGGGAUGUUCUGCACCCUUUUUGGCAUGAUUACAGCUGUGGGGCUGUCUAACCUGCAGUUCGUGGACAUGAACUCUUCCCGCAACCUCUUCGUGCUUGGAUUUUCCAUGUUCUUCGGGCUCACGCUGCCCAAUUACCUGGACUCCAACCCGAAUGCCAUCAACACAGGCAUUCCUGAAGUGGACCAGAUUCUGACUGUGCUGCUGACUACAGAGAUGUUUGUGGGUGGGUGCCUCGCUUUCAUACUGGACAACACAGUGCCAGGAAGCCCAGAGGAACGAGGUCUGAUACAGUGGAAAGCUGGGGCCCAUGCCAACAGUGAGAUGUCCACCAGCCUGAAGAGCUAUGACUUUCCCAUUGGGAUGAGCACGGUAAAAAGAACUGCCUUUCUGAAAUACAUUCCUAUCUGCCCAGUCUUCAAAGGAUUUUCUUCAAGGUCAAAAGACCAGCUUCCAGUUCCAGAAGAUACCCCACAAAAUACAGAAACUGGGUCUGUGUGCACCAAGGUCUGA